CGGGCGGUGGCGGAGGACACUGAUUCUCUGAAGUUGCCCCACAGCCGAGCAGCUGUGCCUAGCUUCUCCCUACCCAGGUUAUCUUUGACAUCAAUCACUGGUGGCUUCCGGGGGGUCCCCUAAAUGUUCUGUAAGCAGAAGCUGAAAGUUACCCACACUGCAGGAGUCAGAGCUAACAGGGAGAGGACUCCUUAUGUUAGAAACAUAAGCUGUGGCUUCUUUUUUUAUUCAUUCUGCAUUUCUGAAUAAGAGACCAGCUGUGCCAGUCACUGUUUCUGGUGAGUACCAGUCUGAUGCAAGCGGGCAGGGAGAAAGGCUUUCUUGUUAGUCUCUUGGGGCUUUGUCUAUAUUCUUUAAAUCAAAAUAGAUACCAGUAUAUUCCUCUGAAAUCAGAGGCACAUGGCCAGGGAGCUUGGACACCCACGUCCUUUAACUGGCUGUGUCUUUCUUGUAGGCAAGCUCUGUGGGCAGCUGGUUAUAAUCAGGAAGUUGUAUGGCGAACUCAGGAGUCACAGCUGGGAAGUUUUGUUUUCCGGGCGUGUUUUUUAAUAGCAUCUGCCUGGGAGAGAGCAUCAUCUCCACCCUAGGGGCAAAGCUGCUACCAGGACCAGGCAGGACCGGCCUCACAUGUGCCUCUUACUAGUGCUUUCUGUGUCUCAGCCAAGAGAAUGCGAUCCAGGUUGGGUCAGGAUCCGUAGCCAGUGUCGGGAUUCGGUGCUUAGAAGCUUUCUUUUCUUUGGUGUUCUUCGGGAGCAGCCCUCAGGAACUCCUUGGGGCAUUUGGUGGAAAGGCCACCAAAGGGAUUUUUGCCUGCUGGAGCUACAUGUGGUGUCCCUCCGGCCAGGUGUGUGUGGAGGCCAGUAUGAAGCUGAAAAAGCAGGUGACAGUGUGUGGGGCUGCCAUCUUCUGUGUGGCUGUCUUCUCACUCUACCUCAUGCUGGAUCGAGUGCAGCAUGAUCCCACCCGACACCAGAACGGUGGGAACUUCCCCCGGAGUCAAAUUUCUGUGCUGCAGAACCGCAUUGAACAGCUGGAGCAGCUGUUGGAGGAGAAUCAUGAGAUCAUCAGCCACAUCAAGGACUCUGUGCUGGAGCUGACGGCCAACGUGGAGGGCCCACCUGCCCUGCUGCCAUACUAUAUGUCCAAUGGCUCCUGGGUGGUGCCACCAGAGCCCCGACCCAGCUUCUUCUCCAUCUCCCCUCAAGACUGCCAAUUUGCUUUGGGGGUCCGGGGCCAGAAGCCAGAGCUGCAGAUGCUGACUGUAUCAGAGGAGUUACCAUUUGACAACGUGGAUGGCGGCGUGUGGAAGCAAGGCUUUGACAUCUCUUAUAGCCCGCACGACUGGGACACCGAAGACCUGCAGGUGUUUGUGGUCCCUCACUCUCACAAUGACCCAGGCUGGCUCAAGACCUUUGACAAGUACUACACAGAGCAGACACAGCACAUUCUCAACAACAUGGUGUCCAAGCUGCAAGAGGACCCCCGGCGGCGCUUCAUCUGGGCGGAAGUCUCCUUCUUCGCCAAGUGGUGGGACAACAUCAAUGCCCAAAAGAGAGCAGCAGUCCGAAGGCUCGUGGGAAACGGGCAGCUGGAAAUUGCAACAGGAGGCUGGGUAAUGCCGGAUGAGGCCAACUCCCACUACUUUGCAUUGAUUGACCAGCUCAUUGAGGGACACCAGUGGCUGGAGAAAAACCUCGGUGCAACCCCGCGCUCAGGCUGGGCAGUGGACCCCUUUGGAUACAGCCCCACCAUGCCUUACCUGCUGCGCCGUGCCAACCUGACCAGCAUGCUGAUUCAGAGGGUACAUUAUGCUAUCAAGAAGCACUUUGCUGCCACCCACAGCCUGGAGUUCAUGUGGAGGCAGACCUGGGAUUCGGACUCCAGCACAGACAUCUUCUGCCACAUGAUGCCUUUCUACAGCUAUGACGUCCCCCAUACAUGUGGCCCGGAUCCCAAGAUCUGCUGCCAGUUUGAUUUCAAGCGCUUGCCCGGGGGGCGCAUCAACUGCCCUUGGAAGGUGCCACCCCGGGCUAUCACAGAGACAAAUGUCGCCGAGAGGGCAGGCCUGCUCCUGGACCAGUACAGGAAGAAGUCCCGGCUCUUCCGAAGCAACGUCCUCCUGGUGCCGCUGGGCGAUGACUUCCGAUAUGACAAGCCCCAGGAGUGGGAUGCCCAGUUCUUCAACUACCAGCGGCUCUUCGACUUCCUUAACAGCAAGCCUGAUCUCCACGUGCAGGCCCAGUUUGGCACCCUCUCCGACUAUUUUGAUGCUCUAUACAAGAGGACAGGGGUGGAGCCAGGGGCCCAGCCUCCAGGGUUUCCUGUGCUGAGCGGGGAUUUCUUCUCCUACGCGGACCGGGAGGACCAUUACUGGACAGGCUAUUACACUUCGCGGCCUUUCUACAAGAGCUUGGACCGUGUCCUGGAAGCGCACCUGCGGGGGGCAGAGAUUCUGUACAGCCUGGCUGUGGCUCAUGCCCGGCGCUCUGGAGUGGCCAGCCAGUACCCGCUCUCAAACUUCGCCCUUCUGACGGAAGCUCGGCGCACACUGGGACUCUUCCAGCACCACGACGCUAUCACUGGCACUGCCAAGGAGGCAGUUGUUGUGGACUAUGGGAUCAGGCUUCUGCGCUCCCUUGUCAACCUGAAGCAGGUGAUCAUUAACGCAGCUCACUAUCUGGUGCUGGGGGACAAGAAAAGCUACCGCUUUGACCCUGAGUCACCCUUCCUGCAAAUGGAUGACACCCGCUUAAAUCACGAUGCCCUACCAGAGCGCACAGUGAUCCAGCUGGAUUCCUCACCCAGAUACGUGGUGCUGUUCAACCCACUGGAGCAGGAGCGGCUCAGCGUGGUGUCCCUUCUGGUCAGCUCACCCCGGGUGCGGGUCCUUACAGAGGAGGGUCAGCCCCUGGCUGUGCAGGUCAGCGCGCACUGGAGCUCUGCCACUGACAUGGUCCCUGACGUCUACCAGGUGUCUGUGCCCGUCCGCCUGCCGGCUCUGGGCCUGGGCGUGCUGCAGCUGCAGCUGGGUCUGGACGGGCCCCGCACCCUGCCCUCCUCCGUGCGCGUCUACCUGCAUGGGCGGCAGCUGUCCGUCAGCAGGCACGAGGCGUUCCCUCUACGCGUCAUUGACUCUGGCACCAGUGACUUUGCCCUCAGCAACCGCUAUAUGCAGGUCUGGUUCUCAGGCCUCACCGGGCUCCUCAAGAGCAUCCGAAGGGUGGACGAGGAGCAGGAGCAGCGGGUGGGCAUGGAGUUCCUCAUCUAUGGCACCCGCUCGUCCAAAGACAAGAGUGGAGCCUACCUCUUCCUGCCCGAUGGCGAGGCCAAGCCCUACGUCCCCAAGGACCCUCCUGUGCUGCGCAUCACGGAAGGCCCUUUCUUCUCAGAGGUGGUGGCCUACUAUGAGCACGUUCACCAGGUAGUCCGGCUUUAUAACCUGCCAGGGGUGGAGGGGCUGUCUCUGGACGUGUCAUCCCUGGUGGACAUCCGGGACUGCAUCAACAAGGAGCUGGCCCUGCGCCUCCACACAGACAUUGACAGCCAGGGCACCUUCUUCACGGACCUCAAUGGCUUUCAGGUGCAGCCCCGGCGGUAUCGGAAGAAGCUGCCCCUGCAGGCCAACUUCUACCCCAUGCCGGUCAUGGCCUGCCUCCAGGACGCACAGAGCCGCCUCACGCUGCACGCUGCCCAGGCCCUGGGCGUCUCCAGCCUCCAUGAUGGCCAGCUGGAGGUGAUCUUGGACCGGCGACUAAUGCAGGACGACAACCGAGGCCUGGGCCAAGGGCUCAAGGACAACAAGAGAACCUGCAACCAUUUCCGUCUCCUGUUGGAACGGCGAACCCUGGGCAGGGAGCCUGGCUUUUUCUCCAAACUGGCAGCCAUGUUUAGGGGCUUGAUCUUUCACAGCAGCAGGAGCGGGCACCGAGAGGUCCAAGAUGGCCCCUCUACCAGCUACCCGUCCCUCCUCAGUCACCUGACUUCCAUGUACCUGAACACCCCUGUGCUCGCCCUGCCCGUGGCCAAGAGGCAGCCCCCAGGCCCUGCUCUGUGCUCAUUUCGUCCUCUGGCCUCCUCUCUGCCCUGUGACUUCCACCUGCUCAACCUGCGGACGCUCCAGGCAGAGGAUGAUAGCUUGCCCUCAGCCGAAACUGCGCUCCUCUUACACCGCAAGGGUUUUGACUGUGGCCUCGAGGCCAAGAACUUGGGCUUCAACUGCACCACAAGCCAAGGCAAGGUGGCCCUGGGGAGCCUCUUCCGUGGCUUGGAUGUGGUUUUCCUGCAGCCAACCUCCUUGACAUUGCUGUACCCCCUGGCCUCGCCCUCCAACAGCACUGACAUCUAUUUGGAGCCCAUGGAGAUCGCCACCUUUCGCCUCCGCCUGGGCUAAGGCUUCUUGUGGCCUGAAGAGAAAGUUCAUCCACAGAGACGGCCUUUUCACAUAAGAUCGGGUUGAACAUGCCACCCUGGGUCUCCUGUCCUGAUCUACCUCUCAGAACUGUGACAGACUGGGCUCUGCCCUCAUUUUCUCUUUAUCGUUGCUUCUGUGUUCAGGGGCAACCCACAGCCCAGCAUUGGGUGGUUAGGGCAGGCGCCAGUGAGUUGUAGGAGAGAAGGCCCUUGGUCAGAGUGGGCGGUGCCAGGCUCUGCUUUGGGUUGUGCGUGUCCACCUAGUCGGGUGCAGGCUCAAGCACCCAUUCUUUCCCCUGAAUGGGAUGGAGGAGAAGCAGGGGAGCCUGAGUGGGUAAUAGCCCAGCAUCAGGGUCACAGUAGUCAAGAGCUGGCUCUCAGGGAGUCCUGUGGUUGUGUAAGGGCUACGUGUCCUGGUGUGACAGGCAGGAACAGAGCGCUGCCAGGAGGAGGGGGCUGGGGACCGCGAGUUAGCAGUGGGGUGGAGGAGUAGCAGGAAUCGCUGCUUUCUGUGACGGCUCCACUCUUAGUGCUCCCUGACCCUCACGCCCUGGCCAGGCGCUGCAGUGUGGCAGGAAGGACUCGUGAAGACUGUCAUGACCGGAGCUCAUGGGACACUUCAGGUACCAAAACCCCAUCUCAGACUGGGCACUUGGUCUGUGUGUUGAUUUGUGGAAUGGUGGCAGAGGCCACCCUACUUGACUCCUCUUUGGUUCCUGCACUCUGUACACCACUGUCCCGAAGAGCUGCUUCCCAUCAUGGGGGCGUUAGAUUGGGCAUAUUUCCUUUCCCUGGAAAGAAAGUGAAGCCUCCAGCUUGCGGUGGGCAACUCGAGAAAGCUUUCGUCAUCGUUCCUACAGUCAGCCCUGAAGCUUCGCCUUGGUCAUCCUUCCACAGAAGUACUCACUUCCUGGUGCGGGGACUAGGGAGAUGCACACUGAGUUAGGAGGCACCGUGGCUGCUCAUUAGCCUUCACUGCAGCUGCGACUAUUAGAGAAAAAUUUAUGAUCGUCUCUAGAGAUGCUGAAACGAUAUUCGGUAAAAUUGAAAAUCUAUCCCUUAUUAAGCUCUUAGUAAGUUAAGAUUUCAAAGAAACAUCCUAACCUAGACAAAGGUGUCUCUAUCUGAAGCCAACAGUCAGUGGCCUUCUAAAGAGUCAUAUACCACCGGCAUUCCCAGUAAAGUCAGAAAUUAGUCAAGGACAUACUGUUAUUUAGCUGUGUUCUGGCACUACUAAACCCCUGCAGUGUGGCAGAUAAGAGAGAUGAGGGAGGGUUACAGAACGCCCGACCUGUACAAUCCAACAGGAUCAGCUGAAGACCUUAACCGAGCAAACAAGGCACAUCACGUUUCUAUAAAGAUUCUGGUUCUCUCCAGAUCAGCUCAUACAUUCAAUGUAUUCCAGUAAGAUUGGAUACUUUUUGGAAUUUAAUGGGUUCCAACGUUCAUUUGGAAGAGUAAAUGUGUGAGAAUACCAAGAAAAUUCUGAAUGACGGUGAGUCCGGGACGGUGGUGCUCAGGUGGGUAAAAGACACUUGUCCUACGAGAUUUCCCAGGGGACUCUCGACCGACCAUGAGUUCAGUCAGAGUGACCUGGAGUGGGAUCAGACUGCUGGACCCAAAGGGAGAGCCUAGCAUCAGACCCAGGUGUGAGGGGAUUUGGUACAGGACCCAAGGAGUAUUUUAAGUGGGAAAAAGAUGGACUAUUUAAUAAAGAGUACUUUAAGAUAACUGCCUAUCUAUUAAAGUAAGAGUUCUCUACCUCACAGUUUCCACAAAAAUUAGCUCUAGAGAGAAAAAACAAAAAAAUUACAGAAUUACUGAGGAAAAUAUAGGAUAUUUUUAUACCUUCGGUGUGGGAAGGUCUUUUCUAAACAACAUGAAACCUAAAAGAUAUAAUAAGGGAGAAGAUAAACAGAUUUUACCACCAAAAAUAUAUUGAAAGUUUGCAUAUGAUGGAAACCACCAAGGUUAAAACACAAAUGACAGAUUUGGGAGAAAAUAUUUGCAGCGCUUCAAAAAUUGGUGAGUACAGUUACUUUAGGAGAAUAGCUUGCUUUGGGCUCCUUGGAGCAAGUCACUGGGGCCUGCUAAGCAGCAACCUAAAGAUUCAGCAGUGACCAGCUGAGUUCUUCCAGGUCAUCCAAGGGCGUUGCUGCCAGCAGCAGGCCAGGGCGCAUGGAAUCCUGUCUACAUCAUAGUGAAAGAAUGAAGUUCAUCAGUGUGAAGUGCUUAGCACAGUGCCUGGUACAUAUAAGAGCUCAGUAAAUAUGAAGUAUAAUCAUAUUAGUAAAGGAUUCUAAGCGGUUACACUAUAGCAGGCGUUAUUUGCAAGUAUAAUGUAAUUUGUAAUCAAAUGAUAAGGGAGAAUCUGUGAACCCCCGAGGAAAUUAGCAGAAUAAAGGCUGUUCUCUCUGGA